AUGCCAGAACACGAAAUGCUCUUGUCCUCCUCAGAUGAGGAGGAAGAGGGCCACGUAGAGCCCAGUCAGCUUUCCUUCGUAUCAGCCCGACGACGGUUGUCUCAAGGACCACACAGUGCCGUCAAGGGUAUGAAGUCUUUGCAAAUUAGGGCUAUCCGUGUCGGAAAUAGGAUUUCAAAAGGUGAAUCACCGAAACUAACGGCCAAAAAAAGCCGACGCACCACCUUAAACAGUCACAUCGAAUCUGCUUCCAAUGAUGGAAAUCAGGCCCGCCGUCAACAACUACCACCCUGUCAGAAAAAUCUUGGCGUGCUCCAGCAUGUUGGUUCAACACAGAAUGAGACGACUGAGUCAACUGACGAGGUUGAUAUGGAAGUUCCCUACACACAAGCUUUAGGCUCAGCGGAGGAAGACGAGGAGAUUUCGGCCUUUAGGGGCUGUUCUCACAAACGAAAGGAACCUUUACGACCCGGGGAUGUUAUCAUGUAUUACAAUCCUAUUUUUAUAGCAGGGAAAGUGGAAGGUCUUCGCAAGGCUCAUGUUUUGGAGACGGACCCGGACGCUGAUUUUCCUUUGGAACUUGACAAUGGCGAGUACAUUCCAAAAGACACGACGGUCAAGCGCAUUAAGGAGUACAGAAAUGGCACUUUACUCGAGCAUCCAGAGCGUAUUGGUAGGAUCGUUGUUGCCGCAAAAACGGAGUUGGAUACCCUCUACGAGAGCUGUGAUCACGAGAGCGACAAAACGAACGCUCAAUUUCAAUGUAUAGACCAAAAUAAUCAACUCUCGUCCGACUUGGAAUCUUCUGGUCACGGGGGCAUUAGAACUCGCGCUCAGCUUGACUCAAGAAUGCACAGUUCGACGAAAUCGUCAUACCGACAACGGCUACAAGGGUCUCAAGAUGAUGAUUUAUCGUCUUCUGAUUCUUCUUCAGAAGAGUCCUUGCCCAGAACUAGCCUCGAACGUCCAUCUCUUGAUUCGCGGUCACUGAAAGGCCCUUCUUUACGCUGUCCCAGAAUCCCUCUACUUGACAGAAACUCAACGAAGAAAGACAAGACUUUGGUUGGUGUUGACUUUGAUGAUUAUUCACACAAUUGUUCACCAACGAAGGCAGAUAAGUUCACAAAGCCACGAGCUACAACGCACCUAUUGUUGUAUGAUACCGACAGCUCGUCUGAAUUUGAGCAAUUCGGUGAAUCUAUCAGAGCCGCCCGACCAUUGGGGAAAAGCAGUGAAACACCUAUGUCUGAAAUUGCCCACCAACGAAUGAUGAUGGCCUCUUUGGAAAAAUCAGCAAAUUCGGGCAAGUCGUUUACCACUUCUCAGUGCGACGCUAUCCUUCGACCUUUAAAUUCACACGGAUUUGGCGAUGACGCUCGCACUCAGAGAUUUUGUCUGUCGUCCAAGGCUUCUCGACGAACCAGUAAGGGCCUGGAACUGGCUGUACAACCCUACGAAAGAGAAGAAGGGGGCCGAUCUCUUUCGAUAAACCAUGGUUGCGCAGCAGUCGAAUCCUCGUCAUCAUGCUCUACACAAAAGCUACAUUCGGAACAUAGAACAUCAGGCUCCGAGGCGAAACAAGGCAUCGCUUCGUGGACAGAGAAAAGCGCCCACACCAUGACCUCGAAGAAUAGGGGCACAUCGGAACGGUGCAAUUCUCCACAAUCGGACGACACUUCCGAAAACCAAGCAAGUCCACGUAGGGCUACCGGUCUGGGAACAUCCUUGGACGACGAUUCCUUGCCCAAAAAAGUCUUCAGGAAUGCGAAUCGCCGUCAGAAGCAGCCUUCAUCGGUAACUCAAAUGGACGAAUUCAAGACACUCUUGGGGAAGGCAAUCCCACGACAAAGAACUCGGCAAACGUUUCACACAAAGCGAGCAAAUGUGUCUUCCUUUCGGCCAACUAAACUGGAAGUCACCAAUUUCAGCGACGUAGGAUCGGAAGACGAGAAUCCUGGAUACUUUACCAUAACAAAGAACUUUCAUCCCGUGCCCCCGAGAGCGAAGCAUCUUGGUGAAAAUGCGAGUAUUUCUUCUGUCUUUAGCAGCCAAGAAUCACGCGAAGGCUUAGCCUCUGACAAGAGCAAGAUAAAUCGAAAGAAGAAGAGAAAGUCAAAUCCACAGCAAGCGGUUUCGAUGAAGCUUCAGUUUCGACCAGUCCGACGACAUGGGGCUCGUCGCUAGUCUCUAUUCGCCCAUUUUUACCAGACACGUAUGGACUACUGCCUGCCUUGCCUCGAUUGGGGCCAGCAAAUAUUUUGUCACACUUUGUCUCUUGUCGUGUGUUGCGCUUAAGCGGCCAAACUGUUCACAAUUGAUUCGUUUUACCUAUAGAUGUGGAAACUGUUUGCUGCUUUCGAUUCGUUUGUUUUGAUUGUCAUAGUUAGACUAU